UUUUGCCUUACAUGUCAUUUUUCGUAAAUUUUGUCAGCUGUUCAUUGGAUUCGCGUCGAAUUUAUUCCACUGAUAGUUUCUACGAAUUAAGUGAUUCUUCAUCAUCAGUCUACCUCUCUGGAAGUCAUCAUUUUCACGGUCAUUUUAUCUUAAUUCUUCUCUCAAACACUUAAUUGACUAGAACAGAAAAAUGAAACUGAUUAUAGUCAUUUUUCUCUCAGGCUCAUUAUCUCUUUCAUUCUCUGCAACCCCGCAUUUCGUAUCUCAUUCCAAACAUUGAUAAACACCUAUCACCUCUCCACUUGUAAUCCCAGUGACAUUAUUCAGCUUGAAAUCCCUUAGUUGGUCAUUUUCCCAUCCUAAGCUCACCCAUGGAGCAGAGGGUCACGGGGAACUCUACCCAGUACAUCUGGGGAAGAUCGUACUUCAGCCCCAAUUAUGACUUCAGGAAGAUCUUCUAUGACAAACUGCUCAGUGCGAAGACUUUCUACCAGCGUGAUCUCAUCGCCCAUUUUGGCUGUGUCAAUGCAAUUGAAUUCUCGAAGGACGGCUCCCAGUUAGUGUCUGGGGGUGAUGAUCGCAGAGUCCUCUUAUGGGAUGUACAGUCCGCUUUGAGAGGCGAAAACAGUCCUGUUGCAAUGAAAACAUCACAUGUCAGCAACAUUUUCUGCUUGGCAAUCGAUAGUAGAAAGGAGACGAUUUUCUCUGGUGGCAAUGAUGAUCAAGUUAUAGUUCACAAUAUCAAAACGGGAGAACCAGUACAAUAUUUCCUGCAUCAUCAAUCCAUUUAUGGCAUCUCAAUGGAUCCUUUUAAUGACAACCUAAUCGCCAUUGCAUGUGAUGAUGGGAAAGUAGUGCUCCAUGAUAUCCGUGAGAGCUCUUCAACAGAACAUUUUGUCUUGGCUAGCUCCUCUUCAGCCUUUCAUAGUGUCUACUUCAACCCAUCAGAAUCACGAUUGCUGGCCACCGCAAAUGCGACCGAAGGGGCCGCUCUUUGGGAUAUCAGGAAACCGAAACAAAUGCUACUUCGUUUCGGCAAGCAAACAGGCGUUCAAAGUUGUAUGAGUGUGCGUUGGGACCAGAUGGGAUCUCGGCUUUUAGCACUCCGCCGCAGGCUUCCCCCUGUACUGUAUUCGGUUGCAUCCACAAAACCCAUCGCUCAAUUCGACCAUGCAGGUUACUACAAUUCAUGCACAAUGAAAAGUUGUUCUUUCGGAGGAGACCGCGACCAAUUCGUCCUCUCAGGCUCGGAUGAUUUCAACUUAUAUAUUUGGAAAACACCGAAAACUUGUGCGAAAGGUAACUGGAUCAAAUCUGCACACAUGGUGUUAAAGGGCCAUCGAUCAAUUGUCAAUCAAGUCCGUUACGAUCCUAAUACCAACAUCAUCGCUUCAUCUGGUGUUGAGAAAUUAAUCAAAUUCUGGAGCUGCUCACCGUAUCCCCCAAGAGACGACGACGAUGAUGAGGAGCUUGCUUUGAGACAUAGUCCACGUAAAGUCUUCACUCACGAAGAAUAUCUCCGUUAUGUCCUGAUGAAUGGCGAGUUCAUCAUUUCACACGAUUACACAAACAAGUCCACCAAUGAAGACCCUCGCAUGAUGGCGUUCUUCGAUUCCCUAGUCCAACGUGAAAUCGAAGGCUGGAGUUCAGACAACAGUAAUUCAUCCUUCGUCAAUGACGACAGCAGCGAUGAAAGCAGUUCCUCAGAAUCCGAACUUGAUGAAAACUCUGGGAGCUCUCCAAGUAGGACAUCUAUCCUUGAAAACAUCAGGACUGUCAAACCCCCUGUUGGUAUGGUUACCCCUGAGAGGAAGACCCAAUCGAACGUUUCAGAAUGCUCCGAUGACGAAUCCGAUAAAGACCACAACCCAAUAGUAGAGCUCAUCGCCAAAAAACGCUCCCAAUUAGUCAAAAUGGCGAAAAAUGGGCAAAAUGAGUUCCACAGUGUUCGAAAACGACUGAAACUCAACAAAAAUGACUCAAUUUACAGUGAAGAUGACUCGUGCCGCUUCAACAUCAAAAUCAGGUAUGGAGAGAGCUCAAACGCAAGCACGAGCGAAAGCGAUCGUUGCCCAGUCAGCAGUAAUAGCAAUAGUUACUACGCAACAGGGACGAAACGUAGGAAAAACCGUGUGGGCUGCUACAAGACAAAAAAUUUUAGGAAGUAUGUCCUCCGUUCACGCUGUGAAACUGAGUCUGACUCCGAAGGCUGUGUCAACUAAAGACGCAAAUCGUCCGCCAUUUCUGUAUAAUUCCUCUGAAAUCCACCUCGUUUUGAUUUCUUAGAAUGUGCUGUGCCUUUUUAUUGUUUUGUUUUCGCUUUUUUGUUCGACUUUUUUAUCUAUUGUGUGCUGCAUGUGAGAACUUCUCAAGGGAUGACGGCGAUCUCUAAAGACGGACUUUCUGACUAAAGUGUAAGUAAUAAUAGUUUGACCAAGGCCGUAGGUGAGAUAGGAAUGUGGUGAUUAGUAAGUAAAGAACAUACCUAAUUAACUUAAUUCCCAAGCUAUUCGAGCUUACUACACAUCGUCAGGAAAUAAGGAAUAUCAAAGAAACAUAAUAAAACUAAAAGACAGGGAAAAUAACCAUUAUGAAAACAGAAUGAUUUUUGGUGAAUGCUAUUGAGCUCGUUUUGAGUGCUGUUUUGUAUCCUUCAGUUUUAAGCAAAAGCUUCGGAAGUAAGUUAAUUAGGUAUGUCUUUUAUUUAUUAACCACCACAUUCCUACCUCAUCCAAGGCCAUGGUCAAACUACCAUUACUUACACUUACAAUGGUCUUAUCAAAAAUAAUUCUUGACAAUUCUGACUGCAACCUGAACUUGAAUAGCUUUUUUCAAACCUUGAAGUUCAUUGCCAGAGAAAGCCAGUGUCGCUGUUUGAUUUCUCAUAAAAUCUUUAUAAAAUUAAAUGCGGUUGAAGCAAAAAUUCCGCAACUGCUCCAUGGAGGGAAGCAAACGGGGAAAAGUAUGAGUCUCUUACUUUAUGUAUGCUUGUCAUAGAUGUUACCAAUUCGUAAAUUUUGAAAGUUGCUCAGUGCAAGUUCUUCCUGAACGCAGUUAAAAAAAUAACAGAUUAAUGAAACACAUUCCUCCCUUGAAAGUCCAUCACUUUCUUCCUCUUCGCUUUAGUUUUAUAAUCGAUGUAUGUAAAAAAGUUUUAUUUCAAGUAGCAUCCUCUCCUUUUUUCAUGUAUUCCUUAACUUACAAAACAGGCUUUCCUUGCACUCGGAAGGAACCAUUCUCCACGUCAGAAUCGAAUUCUGCAUUUGAUUUUGAUUUUGGUGAAAAGUUGUGAUAUUAACAUACUUGCAUAUAUUUUGUGCAUAUCAAUUUUUUCCUUUUUUGUCUGCUCCUACAAAAAACUAAAUUUAUUUUAAACAAAGGUGCUUAUUUUAUUUUAGAAAAUGUCAAUUUUUCUUACCUUGCAUACAAACCACUGUAUCAACCUGUCGAAAUGCUCAGUCCGUAGAUUCUAUAAAUCAUUGUAAUUUUUGAGCGUUUGCAGGUGAAAAAAAAAAAAAUUGUAUCUUCGAUGAGUGAUCUAUGUGUGAUCUCCUACUGUCAAAGGGACUUUGGUGUGGAAAAACUCAAAAUUGAAGUAUUUGACUACAUUUUGCAACGAGGAACUAUUUUUUGCCGCCUUUAGCAACCCUGAUACCAGCAACUAUUUUCCUUCAAAAACUAAAAUUCCGAUUCUCUUACUCCUAAAGAAAAUUACUCCACCCAAAAAUUUUCUUCGAAACACUAGUUCUCUUUUCCUGUAGACGGUCAUACAUAAUUUUACCAUCCAAAAUACAUAUUCAGCUUGAUUGAAAAAGUAACUUAUGAAAAAGGCUAAAAUCUGGAGCAUCAAAAAAAUCUGCUCCCAUAAAUCAUUGCGCAAUCUGAUAUAAUUAGGUCUUAUUUCAUUUUACUAUUUAUAUUUUGUAUGUAUCUUUUACAUAGGAUUUUUUUUUUUUUUUGCUGAUCUAUUGAAUUUAACUGUUAAAACAUGAUUUUGUGACAAGUGCAACUGCUACUGGCAGUACCAAUUCGAGCCAUUCUAAAUUUCUGUUACUAAUGUGACUGUUUUGGCAUUGGAUAAACGGAUGGCUUUAACCAGAAUUAACCCAACUAAUGAAAUUUUGCCUAGUCUCUUUUUUGUUCAAUUUUUUCAGGAAAACAGUAAUAACUGGAAAAACGCAGUUCGUGUGUAAUCAGUAAGGUUGAAACGAAAACACCUGCCUUAAAAAGUAAUCAUCAUUCUAGCUUGACAUUUUGUGAGUUUGCUUUUAAUAGGCUAGGUUAAAUACAAAGAAAGUGUCAAGGCACUGUAUUGUUUGGUCUUCUAUCAAACAUAUGAAACUUGCGAAAGUAAACUAGGCAAUGUAAAGUAUAAUAAGGAGCUGUUCAUAAAGUACGCAGCACUCGGGCGGGGGGUGGGGGGGGUGCAAGAGCGUGACACCACUUUGUUUCUGUAUGCUAAAGAAUAGGGUCCUAUGUCAUAAAGAAGUAUAAAGGGGGGGUCGAAAGAUCCAAAAUCUAGACUACGUAUUUUAUGAAUGGCCCCGUGCAUUAGGUUAUCCGUCGAAAUGGUUCCAAAGUAGUCGGUUCGUUAACCUUUUAAGUAGAUAUUGUAAGAAGUAGGUACUGUUUUUAUUGUAAAUGUAUUUGCUUUGACAGAAAUUAUGAUAUGUAUGUAGGUAUUUUUAAUUGAUUGAUCAAUACCAUUAAUUUUUUCUUUUACAUUAUCUGUAUCUACCAGUUUACUUUACCUAGUGCUAUAUUUUUCUUUAUUUUCGUGAAAUUUUAAUCUGAUAUCUUUAUUUUUAUCUUUUUCUGUUUCCUAAAACUGUUGUCUCAAUUUCUCUUUCAAAUUUUGUAAAAUUUUAACCUUUAACUAAGAAUAAAUAUUAUUAUUUCUCGGGAA